AUGAGAGAGGCAGAUUUGUUAACUCAGAUCAUAGCGUUUUCUCUCUUUCGAUUUCUUCCUCUGGCUCAAUCUGAGCCUCGGAGACUGCCCCCUCUCUCUCUCUCCCUCUCUCUUUCUUUUUCUUUCUCUGUCUUCUCUGUCUCGCUGACUCUCUCUCUCUCCCUCUCUCUCCACACUCUCUCUCUAUCUUCUCCCCUCUCUUUCUUUUUCUUCCUCUGUCUCAAUCUGUCUGUCUGUGUCUCUUUCUGUUUCUUCUUCCGUCUCAAUCUGUGUCUUUUUGAUUGUCUGUCUCUCUCUCUCUCUCUCUCUCUCACUCCCCAUCUAUCCUUCUUUUUCUUCCACUGUCUCAAUCUGAAUCUCUCUGACUGCGCUUCUCUCUCUCUCUCUCUCUCAAUCACUCCCUCUCUUUGCUUUCUUUCUUUUUCUUCCUCUGUCUCUAUCCGAAAUUCUUUGACUGUCUGUCUGGCCCACUCACUUCUUCUCUCUUUCUCUUGCUACAUCAAAAUCUCAGUGCCUCUAUUUGUCUCUCUCCCUCUUUCUGUCUCUUCGUCUAACUCAGUCUCCUAUUCUCUGUCUCUUUCCCCUCCCCCUCUCUCUCUCAUAUUCUCCCACACUCUCAAUAUCGAUUUGUCUCUCUCUGUUUCUCUUCCACGGUCUCAAUCUCAGUAA